AUGGAGAAACAAAACUUUACUGUCAUAAGUGAAUUCAUUCUCAUGGGCAUCACAGACCACCUGGAACUUCAGGCUCUCUUCUUUGGGCUGUUCUUCAUCAUCUAUGUAACAGCAGUGGUGGGAAAUCUGAGCAUGAUCCUCCUCACUAAGAUGGACAGCAGGCUACAAACCCCUAUGUACUUUUUCCUCCAGCAUCUGUCUUUCAUUGAUUUUGGUUACUCAACUGCUGUGGCACCAAAAAUGCUGGUAAACCUUUUAGCAGAGCAAAAUACCAUUCCCUACAAUUGGUGUGCAACCCAGCAGGCUCUCUUCAUCUUCUUCAUCAUUAGUGAGCUUUUUGUUCUGGCAGCCAUGGCCUACGAUCGCUAUGUAGCCAUCUGCAACCCUCUGCUCUACACUGUCAUCAUGUCAAAGAGAGUGUGCUGGGUGCUUGUGGCACUCCCUUAUCUCUACAGUGCCUUUCUCUCUCUGAUCACAACCAUCAAAAUCUUCCUUUCAUCCUUCUGUAGCAAUAACAUCAUCAGCCAUUUCUACUGUGACAGUCUGCCCUUGUUAACAAUUAUUUGCUCAGGCACACGUGAUGUUGAGUUGAUAAUAUUGAUCUUUUCAGCCUUUAACUUACUUUCAUCUCUUUUCAUAAUUCUUGUGUCCUACCUAAUGAUCUUGAUGUCCAUCCUCAGGAUUAAUUCUGCAGAGGGCAGGCAAAAGGCUUUCUCCACCUGUGCUCCUCACCUGACAGUGGUAGUUGUAUUAUAUGGGACUCUGAUUUUUAUGUAUGUUCAACCCAAGUCCAGUCAUUCCUUUGAGACUGAUAAAAUGGCCUCUCUAUUCUAUACUCUUAUAAUACCCAUGCUCAAUCCUAUGAUCUAUAGCUUUAGAAACAAAGAAGUAAAGGAUGUGGUUCACAAAUUAUGGAAAACAAUAUAA